AUGGAGCAGAAUCUUGUGAUAGUUUUAAGCGAUGACGACGACGACGACGAUUGCUCAGUGCACAACAACUCAUCCGUUUUAAUAGUGGAGGACAGUGUUAACAAACAAGAUGCUAUGAAAACGAAUGAAGUAUUGGACGAGGAUUUGGCAAUAACUUUCUCACAGAAGGCCGAUGUGUUGCCUCACGCGAGAUACGACUGCACCAUCCCGUUCUGCCCCACAGAGAGUGACGUCUCUGGUCCAGUAGAGAGAAAUGAGGCAUUCUGUGAGCAGUGUUUCUGCUACGUAUGUGACAAACAAGCAGCUAAGUGUAUAUUUUGGAGCAUUCCCGGUAUGUGUCACUGCAAUGCACACAAACGCAGUGUCUACUGGAAAGGUCUCAGAGACAAGAGCAUCAUGGGAUACCUCCACGAGCUCAACUUCCGAUUUGAUCUUCUGGAGAUUGAUGCUGACCUACGACGAGCUGAAAGUUCCCUGCAGGAGUUUUCAUGUAGAUUGGCUCUUGAGUAUGCAACCUUUUUAAAAGGGGAGGAGACUUCUCUGUACAGCCUCAUUGGCUGUAACUGCAGUUGUCACCCACCAAGUCACAAUCCUGCUGGAGGCUCUUCAUCCAAUAACAAUAUGGCAGGGAUUCAGGCCGCCAAUAGCGGGACAGAAGGAUGCAGGGCAUGCCAGGACAGACACCUGAGGGUGAUAAGUUAUGACUACACUUGCGUGUAUGAAUGUGUGUUGGCCUUUCUGGAUGCAGCCAUUAGAGAGAAUCCGAAAACGAGUGCCGUCUUGUUGCUUGGAGCGGCCAAACUCUUCAUCACACACAACUCACCAAAUGGUAACACAAACCCGAAGUGUCGUGUAUCGGAUUGUGUGCCAUUGCUUUUAUGGAGGGUUGUGACUAAGGUGGAAUCUCUUCUGGUCUUUGCUGAGUUCUCAGAGUCCUUCGUUAAACAACUGCAGAGCUUUUUCCAGGCUCUUCCACUGCCCCUUCACUGCAGGUCUCUCAGAAACAGUUUGAAGGUUCUCCCAUGGGAUGAUCCUUUACUCUCAGCUGUGAUGAGAGGCCAGAAUAUCAGCGGAGAGCGUAAGGUCAAAGGGCGAAGAACAGAGGUCCUUUGUGAGCCAAUUGCUGUGGUUCAAGCCCGAGUCCACAAACUUCAGCAACAGAACAAGUACAGAGAACUGGCUCGCUAUCUCAAAGUUGUCAGGAGCUACAACAAUGAAAUACUACAGGCUCUUAGAGACCUGGUGCCUCUCUAUCUGUGCAAGGUUGGUGAUUACAUGGGUGCUGUUUCUACAAUGUUCAGUCCCAUGGGUGCUGCCUCAUGCCCCGCCUCCAGACUGACUCCGCCCCAGUUCACAGCGUACCUGCGAAUCCUCACAUCGGGUCACGCCCCCUCAGAUUUAUCUCUGUCCAUGUUCAGUGUCCCAGGACAUGCUUCCUCAACUUUGCCUGACCCCCUGCUCUCCCCUCAGUGGACACCCGUCACAGGCUGUAACCUGUUAAAGAAGAUGGAAGUGUUGAAGUUUGCACUGAAGGUUUUGAACUGCAACACCACAGUGUUUGCUAAAACAAGCAGAGAUGUCACCUUUUCAGUCCUGAUGGAGCUGAACACAGCCUUUCGAAUCCACAUCCCUAAGACUUUUCAGACUGAUCAGGCUAUGUUGCUAUUGGCUACUCAGGCCUUAGCACUGCGCAUCCUCCAAUCACGACUUAGCCCCAUUCUAAACGUCAUCAUGGCUUUUAAGUUGAACCCCUGGGCUCUGCAUUGGCUGUACUACAGACUGGUCGGACAGCCGGAUGUUCUUCAUGUUCUCCUGUGUUCUGUUCUCGAGGAACUGUUCGAGGAACGACACAAACCUCCCGCAAAAGUAAAAGACGCGUCGGAACACUCUUUCAUCGCCAACUUCAUUGGCCUGUUUUUUCAAGACUGCAGUUUGACUCUAAACCAUAACAGCUAUCCGACCAAUGAGCUGCUAGCUUCCUGGAAUGAAUCUGCUUGUCCUUGGCAGUUCAAUCUCAGGCAACUACUGGAGUUCAGUGUAAGAGACAUCUCCAUCUUUGCCGUGUACUGA